AUGGCCGAGCCCAACCUCAAAGAGACCUUCUACCGCCAGUUCAACCAAGAUGUCGCAACACUUCGCGCGCAAAUCGAAAACCUCUCUUCCGUAUCAACAUCCGGCGGCGAGCGCAAUGAAGCAAUAGACAACUGCCUGGCCGGCAUAAACCGAGUAGCCCUCGAUGUCCAGGACGCCUCGAGCUAUCUUCCGGCUUACGAUCAACGGACGUACAGCGAGACGAUCAAGCGUUUGAGCGAGAAGCUGUCAGAAGUGAGGAACAGCUUCGAUCCACCCAAGAAAUUCAGUUUCAAGAACAGAAGCAAGGAUAUCGCGAAACCAGACACUGCACCUGAUACAUCGAGCGCGAAACCGUCCUCCACAUCGGAACAAACACCGCCAUCACAGCAACAACAGCAGCACGACACAACGCAACACGACUCUUCUCCGUCAGCGCUCUCCUGGAAAUCCCACGCCCGUAUAACCCUCCCUUCAUCUCCCCACGAAACAAGUUCACCGACAGUGUCCCACCUCACCCACUGCAUCGUCGAUCUCAGCGCCCCAACGAAAGCAAACGCGCCCUUCGCUGCCCUCUACCUCCGCUCCAUAAGCUCGUCGCUCAUAAUAACCGGCCAAGUCGCAGGCGCAAUACACAUCACCGAUGUCUCCAACAGCAUCAUAGUGACGGCGUGUCGGCAGUUUCGCAUGCAUGGGAGCAAGAACGUGGAUACGACACCGGAGAUCGAACAAUCGCCAAAUCAGUGGGAUCAAAUCGACGACUUCAAGUGGUUGAAGGCCGAGCCAAGUCCGCACUUCAGUCUGCUACCUGAAGCCGGGCGCAUAUCUGAAGACGCGUGGAAUGAGAGCAUACCCGGGGACGAGAAUGAGAGCCCGGAUGAUACCCUGAAGGCCUUCGGUGUACGGUGA